GCCACACCUCUGCAGCCCGUAGUGUUUUAAAGCAAAAACCACUCCUCUCAGAGUCCCAGACAGCUCUACUCAUACAAACCUCUACCUUGCUGUAUAGACAUGGAGGGUCAAAUAGAGAGAGGAAAUGCAAGCAAACAAGACUUAAUUAAUGAGAAUAAACGGGGCCUUGGUGCCUGUGAAUGGAUCCUUGUUACCCUGUCUACUUUCUUCACGUUGCUAAUAUUCCCAUUUACAAUUUUUUUUAGCCUCAAGAUUGUUCAAGAAUAUGAACGAGCUGUAAUAUUCAGACUUGGCCGCAUCACAGCUAGGAAGCCAAAGGGACCGGGUAUCUUCUUCGUCAUUCCCUGCACUGACAGCUUUAUAAAGGUGGAUAUGAGAACAGUAUCAUUCGACAUUCCUCCUCAAGAGAUUCUGACAAAGGACUCGGUGACAGUAAGUGUGGACGGAGUGGUGUAUUUCCGGGUGAGUGAUCCCAUCGCCUCUGUGGCAAAUGUCAGCAAUGCUGAUUACGCGACACGCCUGCUUGCCCAGACUACCCUGAGGAACGUUCUAGGCACCAAGAACCUAGCUGAGGUUCUGUCAGACCGGGAGAGUAUCUCUCACAGCAUGCAGAUGACUUUGGAUGAGGCCACAGACUCUUGGGGCAUUAAGGUUGAGCGUGUGGAGAUAAAGGAUGUGAAGCUGCCUCAUCAGCUUCAGAGGGCCAUGGCAGCAGAGGCUGAGGCAGCCCGCGAGGCUAGAGCUAAGGUGAUUGCAGCAGAGGGAGAGAUGAACGCUUCACGUGCUCUGAAAGAGGCCUCUCUGGUGAUCGCUGAAUCUCCCUCUGCCCUACAGCUACGUUACCUGCAGACACUCAGCACCAUCGCUGCUGAAAAGAACUCCACCAUCGUCUUCCCACUGCCCAUAGACAUCUUGGGUCAAUUCAUAAAAAAGUGAAUUCCGAUAUUGACCGACUCCAGAUGGUCGCUCACAAAUAUGAAUGUUUACGUUUUGUAUUGAUUGAUAUGUAUUGCUUAACAGGAUUAUGUAUUACUUUGAACUUCAGUGUUUGCAGGACUUAGUCUUUGCAGGACUGUAUAUGUGUAGUGUUUUUGAUCCUCAAAGAGAAACAAAAACUACUGUUUUUGCUAUACAUUGAAUACAUUUAGACAUAUAUAUCAGGAAAUGAAAGCUGAAAUUCUGAUUUAUCUUCUCAUAUUCAUCUAUUAAACAAACAAAAGAAUUCUUAUACUUCUUAAGAUAUUCUUACAAUAUUAAUGUGAGGAUAUAUCUGUAGGUAAUAGAUUUACUGUAUAUUAUACUGAAUUAUGAUAAUAUGAUAUAUCAAUGUUUAAAAAAUUAUAAUAAUUAGUAUAUAUUUUAAUAUAUAUAAAAAUAUCAUAUUUAUAUUAUGUUUUUAAAAAUUAUUUUUUAGCUAAUUGAAUACCUUGAUACAGUAAUAGAAUAUAUGAAAGGGCCCAAGAAUGAAUUUCAUUCAAAACAUUCAGUGACGCUGUCCAUCAAUAUUAGGGUUAGGGUUUUCACAGUUUCAGAAUCAAGGUCUAAAACACCCUAAAACAUACAGAAUUUUACCAUCAUUAAUGCUGUGCUUAUGUCACUAAGUGCUAUACAAUGUGAGUAACUGGGUCUCAGUAGUUAUGGUAGUUAGUUAUCUCAGAGCCUGUGCUGUUGUCACCAUCAUCUUCAGUAGUCAGCAUUUUGGACUCCUCCUCCAUGUCCAGUCGCAGCCAGAGCACAACACUGAAGAAUAUAAUUAGAGGAACAUUUGGUACAUAGAACGCUGAUGACUUUCAUAUGGUAUAUUUAAUGUGGAAAGAAAAAAACAUGAUGAGGAAUGAUGAUUAUUAGAAUGUAUAAUAAUGUAAUAAUACAAUAAUAAAUUUUCUUUGUUAAAUAA